CCCCCCCUCCCCUCCAUCUGUGGCAUUUUGCCCUCCCACCCCACGACGUAACAGUGUCUCUUCCAUUGGAUACCACCGGCCCGUCUACUCUUUCAAUGGUUGUAAUGUCAUUGACCCAGCCCCGUAGCUAGCAGUUGUCUUACUCAUCAGGACAAAGCUCGAGUGCCACAGUGAGACUAAGCUUUAUAAGCGACUAUACCAACUAUACCGACGAUACCCUCUUCCGCCUGAUUCUUUGAAAGUCAACAUUCCCACGAAGGGCCAAGUUCGCAGAAGGGGACGUGAAUAUUCUCUGUAAUUUAGGUCGCACAACAUCUCUGAAUAGCAUAUUCCAAACAUCUGCAGCGACAUGAGGUCGACUGCCCAGUUAGCACUCAAGCUUCUGGCGCUCGUCGCCGUAGCCGGAGCUCUUCCUACGGUUCUCGCCCACGGCAACGAUGACGAAGGCGCAAUGGAUGCGGGCAUGGAUAUGAGCAAAGAGGCCCCGAAGCCUGAUCCGGACUCUUACCCGCCAACCUACUUCUCACAUACAGAUCACGUAGCCGAAAUAUAUGCACAUAUCGCUUUGAUGGUCGUCAGCUGGGUCGUGAUGCUACCACUAGCCGUCAUGUUCUCGAUUGCACGGUCGCGGUAUACGCUCGCGAUUCAGUUUCUGUUCCUCUGUACGAAUGCGAUAGGCCUCUUAUUAGGCAUCACCUACAAUGCGAAUACCCCAGACUUAUACCCCAACAAUGCGCAUCACAAGAUAGGUUGGCUAGUUACGUGGGUAGUCAGCGCGCAAGUGAUUGUGAGUCUUAUAAGUCGCGUGGCAGGUGUAAUGGGCAAGGCCGGUACCCAGGAUUUUGGCAAAGAGGAGGCGCAAGCAUUUAUCCCAGUUUCGACGGAAGCUAUGGCCGAGCACCAGCGCAUUAACGAUACCUUAUUCCCGCACCGAUAUCGUCAUUCGAACGACAGCGGACAAGGCACAGAACCGAAUAGCGAGUCCCUGCGAAGCAACUCGGUGUCGACAGCCGUGGGUCAGGAAUCUCCUAUUGAACUAGGUGACCGACGAGCGCACUACGAGGAUGACGAGGAUGAUCUUCAUUUCAAACCUGCGGAGCUGCUACCCUCGAAAUCUACCAAUUCAUUUAUCGGUAGACUUACUGGCAAAAUGUCAAGUAGAGCAUGGAGAAUUUUAAUGUUUGGUUACAACUUUAUCGACAGGACAAUCCUCAUCCUAGCUUACAUCACGUUAUGCACCGGAAUUGUCACAUUUGGUCGGUUCUUUGAGGGUCGUGGCAUUUUCAGCGGUCUUGCUCAUUGGAUCAAGGGCGGUAUCUUUUUCUGGUACGGUAUCUUGACGCUCGGGAGAUGGUCCGGAAGUUUCGGCGAGCUGGGUUGGUCGUGGAAUGUUCGCCCGAAGCACACUUCAAAGAAGUGGAGACCCACCGCGGAAUUCGUUGAGGGAGCUCUCAUCUUCACCUAUGGGUCGACUAAUAUUUUCCUGGAGCAUCUUGGCAAUGCCGGUAAGGAGUUCAGUCCUCAGGAUCUCGAGCAUGUUUCCAUCACUGUUCUUUUCAUCGGAGGUGGCCUGCUUGCUAUGUUGAUUGAGUCGACAAAGAUUCGCGAACUCUUAAAUACCACGGUAUAUGAUGCGGCUCUCAUACACCCGAGCCACACACACAAUGACGAGGAACGCGAGGCGUUAGAAACACCGAAGCAAUAUGAAUUCUCCGUCAAUCCUAUUCCUGCUCUUGUAAUUUUGCUCCUCGGUAUCAUGAUGAGCUCGCAUACACAGAAGACGAUGGUCUCCAGCAUGGUUCAUAAGCAAUGGGGCAACCUCUUCACUGGUGCCUCGUUUGCUCGAGGUUUCACGUAUGUGCUUGUAUACUUGAAGCCUCCGCGUUCGAUUUUACCCUCUCGACCUCCGACAGAACUCCUGACUGCAUUUGGACUUAUCGCAGGAGGCACUAUCUUCAUGGCUAGCGCUAGUGAUAUUGUUGAUGGGAUGAUUCAUUACGACCUAGAUGCCAUGUUCUUCUACACGGUCACGAUGGGAUUUGUCGGUCUGAUAAUGGCUUGGGUCGUGGUUCUCUUAGCUCUAAAAGGCUGGGCCGUCCGUAAAGAAUCUAGCCGACCUGCCAAAGCUUGGACCUUGGUUUCCCAUGUUUAAGGAGACUGGCGAACGCAAAUUCGGCAAGUGAACAAGAUACAUCAUACAUUGCGUAAGAAACGGCGUAGGUGCCCACCAGUGGCCCUGCUGAGGUAUAGUUAUAGUUAGAUCAAAUUCUUGGGUUACGGCGCAUUUGGGAGAUGUGGGUGGUCGAUUGCGAUAUACCCAAGAUACUCCCCCUUUUACAACUUUUUAGCAUUCUGGUCUUUCAUUACUAUUGAUGAUACCCCUAGGGAAAACAAAGCAUGAUUUGGUGUGGAUUUUACGGCUUGGGUUAGCUAUUAGGAAUUGGAUGGCAAGAGUGUCGACUCACCAGCGAGGUGGGCGAUUGCUAUGACAUGACUAGUCAGAGCAUGAUUUUCAAUGACUUUGAAUCAAUGAUGAAAUUUAACUUACAUUGAAGAGAUAUGGGUGCCAUUUUACAAGAUUAUGUAGCAUGAAUCCAGUGUGCGCAUUUUUGAA